GAGCAUUCGUCCGCGGAUGGUCGUUGAAAGUUGUCGCGCGUUUUGUCCGUCGAGAGGCCAGUCGAGUUACAUACUAGUCGGUCAGUUCAGUGAGGAAAAUGGCGCCGUUCAUAGUGUUCUGAAGGAGUGCUGCUGCUGCUGAAUGUGAUCGAAAUAUGGAAAAAUAUCACUAGCCUGUUGAUGAAAAGUUGAUAUAUUGAUGUGGUAAAGUGUUGAUUGUUUCGGAGUGAAACCGUUUGCUGCUUAAAGUUGUUGUUUCGAAAAAUUGCAUACAUUUAGGCUUGAAGGGUGUUUUCCAUAGGAGUGAAUUGGUUCCUUGUGUAGAGUGAAAAGAAGCUGAGAUCAUAUCUAGCAAAUUGUUGAUUUAUUGAUGAAUUGUGUGAAAGUUUAGGAGUGGUUUUCCAAGAUCUAUUAUUGAAAGGUGUUUCCCUCUGAUAAAUCGUCCGACACAAGUCUAUAUAAAAAGAUUGAGUGUUCAUAUUAAUCAACGUCUAUAAAGCGAAGACGGUGUAACGAAAAGCUGAAAUUUCCAAGUGAAGUCCCAAUAGAUUUUCAUCAAGUGCAGAGUGAGACGAACCAGAAGAAGCGAACAAGAGAAAUAACUCCAGAAUACUUUUCCCCACCACGCGUUGGAUGAUUCUGUUCUGGUGAGGUGUGAGAACUACGUGCUUUGUGAGAACCCUCAGAAACCAACCUGCCUCGCUAGAGACACGAAAAAGGAUACAAAUCUGGCGAUUUAACGCAACAAGCGCAACAGCACGUCUAGACCCUGAAGAUUGAUAUCCAAGCUUGGAUCCCAUCAGUGAAGUGUUAUGCCAUCAUUGUCGGACGAAUUUCUGAAGUGAUAAAGCGACACUUUUUGUGGGCUGUUCUCCGUCAGUAUCGUCUAUACUAAGUGUUGUUCUAGCUGUGCUAUCGUACAUCUAGAAAGUUUUUGUUCUCGUCAUACACCAUCGUCGACUCGGAGGAUGAAUUAUGAUUUAGAUAACGGACAGCAGUAGCAGAGACAAGCGUGGCUAUUGGGGCCACUUCACCGACUGAACCAACCCACGGAAGCUUUCCUCCAACGCACACUACAGCUAAUAGGAAUAACUAUAUCUUCCAGAACAAGUCCCUAGCCCAUCAACGACCGCUCAUCAUCAACAUCAUCACCAUAGGUCCGGUCGGGCAAAGAUGAAGUUUUCAAUUCCGCUCCCAGGAGGCGGCACUGGAUUGACACUCUUCUCGAAACUAGUCCGAACCAAGGACCUCCGCAAGCUUCAGGGCGAAGAUCCGAAAAGUACAAAGCCAAAACUAACGAAAUGUCUAACCACACUCGACCUAACCUCACUCGGAGUGGGAUCGUGCUGUGGUACCGGUAUGUAUCUAGUCGCUGGUAUGGUAGCGAGAAACAUAGCUGGCCCCGGUGUAGUGCUUAGUUUUAUCAUAGCGGCAAUAGCUAGUAUAUUUUCAGGAGCCUGUUAUGCGGAGUUCGGCGUCCGAGUGCCACACACUUCCGGUUCGGCGUACAUGUACUCCUACGUGUCGGUGGGAGAGUUCGUGGCGUUCGUCAUCGGGUGGAACAUGAUAUUAGAAUAUUUAAUUGGUACGAGCGCGUGUGCCUGUGCACUGAGUGCAAGCUUCGAUUCGCUAUCCGGAGGUGCCAUCAGCAGGAGCAUAGCUUCCGCCGUGGGGACCAUAUUUGGUCGGCCGCCGGAUUUUAUCGCAUUCGGCAUCACCCUGAUGAUGACCUUUGUUCUGGCGCUGGGUGCCAGCAAAUCGGUGCUCUUCAACAACGUCCUCAACACGGUCAACUUGGCCUCGUGGGUAUUCAUCCUGACGGCCGGGAUGUUUUACGUGGACACGGCCACAUGGAGCGAACACGAAGGCUUCCUGCCGUACGGGUGGAGUGGGGUAUUUACCGGAGCAGCCACCUGUUUCUACGCUUUCAUCGGGUUCGACAUAAUUGCCACUACAGGUGAGGAAGCGCACAAUCCGCAGAAGAGCAUUCCGAAGGCAAUUGUGGGCUCCCUGGUGAUUGUGCUGUUCGUGUAUGUGACCAGUAGUUUUAUCCUCACGCUUACAGUUCCCUACGACCACAUCGACACCGGUUCGGCGUUGGUGCAGAUGUGGACCUAUGUAGGAGCUCCCAAGUGUCGUGCCCUGGUGGCGCUGGGUGCCACUGCCGGUCUCAGCGUAGCCAUGUUCGGUUCCAUGUUCCCUAUGCCUCGGGUGAUAUAUGCAAUGGCGCAGGAUGGGUUGGUCUUCCGGAUGUUGUCGCAGCUGUGGACCCGAACCGGAGUGCCUGGAUUAGCAACGAUUGGCAGUGGGUUGGCUGCUUCUUUGGUGGCGCUGACCGUUCGGCUGGAAGUCCUAGUGGAGAUGAUGUCGAUUGGUACGUUAUUGGCUUACACGCUGGUUUCGACGUGUGUGCUGGUUUUAAGAUAUCAGCCUCACAGUACAACGUUGGUGGAUUUACUGCCGGCACAGCUGCGAACUCCACAGCCCCCGAGUACACCGGAUCCCACGACACAACAACGGGUGAAAGGAAAUGUGCUGGUUAAGAAGAUCACCAGGGGGUCUCCUGAUUCGGAUGACAGCUUUGCAGACGACAGUCCGGACGGUUUCAUGGGUCGGGAUGAUCAGUUCCUGGUAUCGGACAAGUCCGAAAACAAAUUUUAUGGUGCUGUACAUGGUGCUCCUCAGGGUGGGUCGAAUCCAUUUACGCUGUGGGGUUUCAGCUAUAUCGGCCGCAAGAUCGAGCAAUACUCAUAUCUAUGCCCGGGCUUGUUCCCGUGGGUCAACCCGGGACCAGCGACACACGAAAGCGGAAUGUUCGUGACGAAAAUGGUCGGCCUGAUGUACGCUUGCAUAUUCUUUCUGGAUCUGUUCAUGGCCAUCGGUAUUACGGGUACGUUCUUUUCUUUGGUUUACACUGCCUUGGUGCUGGGAAUCCUGGGCAUCCUAUUGAUCAUCUCGCGGCAACCUCAAAAUCGAUACGCGCUCCCCUUCCUGACGCCGGGGCUUCCCUUCAUUCCAACGAUUGCCAUCACCGUCAACAUCUAUCUGAUAUUUAAGCUAAGCAUACUGACGCUGGUCCGGUUCACGGUCUGGAUGUCCCUAGGACUGAUUAUGUAUUUCUACUACGGAAUCACGCACAGCUCGCUGGAGAAUCCGAGCGAAGAGUUCGAGCUGACGGUGGACGGCAAUGGGCAACAGCCACCCUCCGGUCAGAAGACCAAUCUGAAAGUUCCUUCCCAGAGCAAUCACCGUGAGCAGACGGCGGUUUGGGACCGACACGGGUACGAGAAUCGAAUGGCCACCAACGACGACGGAAGUGAACUGCAGUGGGGUACGAGUAACAGUAGUUGGAACCCCAGUGAUGCCUGGGGUGAUACGACGAUCUACGAUCCUCCCCGUCAGCAACAACCUCCAGUGCCGCAGCGGUCGUCACAUCAGUACGAAUCUACAAACAUUUUCCAACCACCGCCAACGCAACAGCGGCCCGAAGCGAAAAAGGAUGGCUUCGGGAUGUUCUACCAGGAAACUCCCAGCUAUCCCACGUGGGACGACUAAGCGACCAAUAGGGGUAAGGUGCCGUAGUUUCCUCUAGUGAUCGUCAGCCAAUCUUUCCCUCAUCAUAUCGAUUCGAUUCCAAUCCAAUACUUGGCUUUCCGUACACCGAGCUCGAGCGCACAUUAUACACGGAAGAGAGAUAGAGGGAGAAAGCAUCCGGAAGGACUGAGAAAACUGUAAAUUUCACGGGAAAGCAAUCAUCAACCCAUCGUUAUCUGUUGUGUGGUUAUUAUUAUUACGUAGGUUUUCAUCGUUGUCGUCUUCAGUAUCCAUAUUAGCAUUCUAUGCAUAGUUCGACCCAAAAGCAACAGCUGCAAGCGCGCAAUAUGUGCGGUUUUCCAUCUAGAGAUGUUUUGGCACGAUGAGUCACACACAAAGCUUCGUUCACCAACAUGACGAGGGGCGCCAGCGUGGGGUUUGGGGACAGAAAGGAUACUCGUAGAUUUGAUGGUGCAAUACUGGGUCAGAACUGUUCAGCGGGACAUAAAAUGGAAUGGUGAUUCGUGCCGUUGAUCGAUUAAAAAAAUGAUAGCUUCGAAUGGUCAUAAUUAUCGUGCUGCGCAUGAUUACAAAUUAAGUUCUUUUGUACAUGUUCGCUGGUUAUUUUUUAUGUA